UGCUUACAAGUAUCAACACUUUCACUUACCUCGAAAGUACGACAUGGCGGCUCAAGACACCAAAAACCUCUUCCUUUCAGCCUUAUUACUUCUCUCCAUUGCAGUUUUUAGCUGUCAAGCAGCACUCGAUACUCACUAUUACGAUCAAACAUGUCCACAGGCAGAGUAUAUUGUCGCACAGACAGUUCGUAAUGCUUCCAUAUAUGAUCCCAAAUCCCCAGCUCGCCUCCUUCGCAUGUUCUUCCAUGACUGCUUCAUCAGGGGAUGUGAUGCGUCAAUUUUAUUGGACUCGACUCCUGGGAACAAAGCAGAGAAGGAUGGUCCACCAAACAUCUCAGUCCGAUCAUUCUAUGUCAUUGAUGAUGCAAAGGCUAAGCUUGAGAAGGCAUGUCCACACACAGUUUCAUGCGCGGACAUAAUAGCUAUGGCUGCCAGAGAUGUUGUCACUAUGACUGGAGGACCUUACUGGAGCGUACUCAAAGGAAGAAAAGAUGGAAGAGUGUCAAAAGCCAGUGAUACUACAAAUCUUCCACCCCCAUUUCUAAACGCGAAUCAACUAAUUCAGACCUUUGCUAAAAGAGGAUUAGGCAUUAAGGAUCUAGUCGCUCUAUCCGGUGCCCACACUCUUGGCUUCUCACACUGUUCUUCCUUUGUUGCUCGAGUCCAUAAUUUCAGCACAGUACAUGAAACUGAUCCUAGCAUGAACUCCGAAUUUGCCAGCUUACUCAAGAACAAAUGUCCAAGAUCAAACAACAAUGGAGAUGCAGGGCAGUUCUUAGAUUCAACCGCAUCACGAUUUGACAAUAACUACUACAAACAGAUCAUCGCUAGAAAGGGUGUUUUCAAUACAGACCAAGUCAUGUAUGAUGAUCAGAGGACUCGGCCACUGAUUGAGGCAUUCGCAAAAGACCAAAACUUGUUCUUCAGAGAGUUUGCAGCCUCAAUGAUAAAGCUUGGAAAUGUGGGGGUUAAUGAAGGAGGAGAAGUGCGAUUAAAUUGCCGAAGAAUAAAUUGAGUGUUGAUAAAGGAUUUAUGUGUACAUCAAAGGGAGAAACUUUGAAGAGAGAGAAAACAAGCCAUUUCUUGUAUUCUAGAGAGAUGUAAUAAUGUGAGAGUUUUAUGUUUGUGUACUCUAACUAUCAUAAUGCAAAUUUACUAUUUUCAUAUACUCAGGCAAAAUUACUCAAGUUUAUCCGGAAAUAUCUUAAAGGAAAAACUCCAAAAAUAAACUUGAAUGCCCAAUACACAAGAAGCAGGAUCAUUCAGCAUCCAUCAACUGAGCCAAUUCCAUAGAAAGAAAACCAAUUAACUUUACAAACUUACAUAUCCCAAGUUACACAGGCAGACGAUCAAAAUCACAGAUACACCAAUAUAUCCUCUCUACCCCGGGUCAUGAGUUGGAAACUAAUCAAAUGCAUGAACCCAUGCUCAAUGCCAACAAUACUUGCUGGCUUGAUAUUAUGAAUAACAUGACUCA